CGGGGGCCGACCGUGGGGCUGUUUCCCGGUGCCGGUGUGUAGGUAGGGUAAGCGUGCAUUCCCGUGAUCAGCUAUGCACCGGAGGUGGAGAUCGGGAUGGGAAUGCAUGGACGGCAACGUUGCCUUUUGAGGCCAGGCCGGUCCUGUCCGUCACAGUCGGGGGAAACAGACUCGGAGAGAGGGCACACUUACCUGAGUCGUUGAUAAUGCCCUUGCGGAUUUGGGAUGGAGGUUGUGUCGGGACUUCGAGCUUUGCUUUCUUCCGGAACUGGGGUGACAACAACAUCUGAGAAACAAAACACUGGAGAGUCAGAGCCUGUGACUGAUCCUUCUGCACCCAGCCCAGCCCAGCCCAGCCCAGGGCUCACUCCCAGCAGCCCCCUCAAUGACUGGCAUCACAAGGGAGACUUAGGAACUUGCAAACUUUUCUCCAAGACAUGAAACUUUGGGGGCGAAUACUUUGGACCCUCCUGUCUGGUCCCAGGGGAAGGAGGGGAGCCCCCCAGGGCUGGGCCCUCAGCUCAUGGAAGUCUCAUUCAUCUCUGCCUGGGGUGUUGAGUGCCACAGGGGUGGUCAGCCACUGGACACAGGUCUUUGAGGAAAAAGGUAUCCCAGAGGCCCGGGAAUCCAGUGAGUACAUCGUGGCUCAUGUUCUUGGAGCUAAAACAUUUCAGAGCCUGAAACCAGCACUUUGGACCAAGCCACUGACCCCUAGACAGCUGCAGUGGAUCCAGGAACUGUGUAGCCAUCGGUUACAGAGGAUGCCCGUGCAGUAUAUCCUUGGGGAGUGGGACUUCCAGGGGCUCACUCUGAAGAUGGUACCCCCAGUGUUCAUUCCUCGGCCAGAGACGGAAGAACUGGUUGAAUGGGUUUUAGAGGAAGUGGCCCAGAGGCCCCCUGCAGUGGGAACCAAAGGUGGUCCCCUCAUUCUGGAGGUGGGCUGUGGAUCAGGAGCCAUUGCCCUCAGCCUUCUGAGUCAGCUCCCACAGAGUCAAGUCAUUGCUGUGGAUAAGGAAGAAGCCGCUGUUAGCCUGACCCGUGAGAAUGCUCAGAGGCUUCAGUUGCAGGACAGGAUUCGGAUCACUCGCCUUGAUGUAACCUCAGAAGGGUGCUGGACACGCCUUUUGCCCUGGGGCCCUGUGGACUUGGUGGUCAGUAACCCUCCCUACAUCUUCCACAAGGACAUGGAACAACUGGCCCCAGAGAUUUGCAGUUAUGAAGACCUGGUGGCCCUGGAUGGUGGUGAGGAAGGCAUGGACAUCAUUACCCACAUCUUGACCUUGGCGCCCCGGCUUCUGAAUGCCUCUGGAAGCAUCUUCUUAGAAGUGGACACAAGGCACCCAGAGCUUGUCAGCAGCUGGCUUCAGAGUCAGCCUGACUUGCACCUUAGUCUUGCGGCUGUCCGGAAAGACUUCUGUGGGAGGCCCCGGUUCCUGCACAUCCAGAAGUCUGCACCAUAGUGUGGCUACUCUGAGCAGCUGGCCAGGAUUCUAGCCUGCUGGAUGCCCUGCUGAUCCUGCACGGAGCACUGUUCUCAGGGAGCUUUUCAGAACCCAGGCAUGGCCCAUGGUUCUGUGAUUUCCCCUUGAUGGAUGUUUCUAGGAGACUUGGAAACAAAGAUGGAGUGUUCUUCCUGGAGCAGCAAAGAACAGAAAGGCAAGAGCUGGCUUUCCAGCCUAGCUCUUUCCCCUCAGUGUCGCAGGCUACUUGGUGUUCCUGUUGGUGAAACUGCUGUGAAGAUGCUGGGAAAUGUGGCCAGUAUAGCACUGAGAGAACAAUAAAUGGUAAACCAGUGUUUUGUUAUCAGCG